CAAGUUUUGUGAGCAAAGGUUUAUAGCUCAAGUUUUGUGAGCAAAGGUUUAUAGCUCAAGUUUUGUGAGCAAAGGGUGUGUAUUGUAGUCAUGGCUAAAACUCUCCUUGUUUCACCUUCCUACUUCAUCUUCUUCAUCUUUCUCAUUUUUUCUUCUACCACAACUCCAAUUUUUGGAGAAGAAUAUAGCUAUGUUAAAAGUGUCAAUCCUAAAAAAAUGAAGAUACCGAGAGAAAAGGUAAGUCAUUUUAAACUUUAUUGGCAGGAUGAUGUUAGCGGGUCUAAUGCAACUUCCGUCACAGUGAUUGAAGCACUGAAUAACUCGUCACCAUAUUUUGGUAUGGUAAAUAUAAUUGAUAACUCGUUAACCGUUGGGCCAAAUAUGAGCUCAAAAACGGUUGGAAAGGCCCAAGGGCUUUACGCAUCUACGGGACAAGAAGAUGCUUCAUUAUUGAUGGUUAUGAAUUUUGCAUUCACUGAUGGCAAGUACAAUGGUAGCACAUUCACUGUGUUAGGACGAAACAAUGUAAAUGCUGAGGUAAGGGAGAUGCCAAUAAUCGGUGGCAGUGGGCUUUUCCGAUUUGCUAGAGGCUAUGCUCUAGCAUCAACUUACUCGUUCUACGACAACGGAGACGCCACUAUUGAAUACAAUUGUUAUGUCAUACAUUAUUGAUUUUUUUUAUUUUUUUAUUUUUUAUUUUUGUGGAGUUUUGAUCCACAAUAGUGAUAUACUUGAAUAAUUGUGUAUUCCCACCAUAGCUAAGUGGGAUUCUCUAGUUUUGUUUAAUUUGAAUAAAUUAGGUGGCUCUUACUUCACCUAAUUGAAUGUAAGCAUACUUUAAUAAAAUAAAAUAAAAUGAUUAUUUGUGUGGAUCAA